CCAGUUAGCAAACACGCUAGCAACGUUGCUACACAUUAGCAGCCGUUAGCAUUUAGCUUACAACUUAAAACGAAAUAACCCACCAGAUAUGGAGUUCCAGCGCGGAAAAGCACGGCAGUCUAAACCCGGCCGCUAUAAUAAAAGAGACGGUGCUUUUAGUUCAGAUCUUUCUGCUAAUAAACACUUCAGAGCCGGUGGGGAAGAGUCCCAAUCGCUGUGCACCCGGAGCCAGGUGUAUGAGCGCAACUUCCCGCUGUACAAACAGCCCGUAGAGGUGGGAGUCUUCUCCCUGGAUUCACAAAGAAACUUCCACAACGAUUCCAGACAGCUUCGAUAUUAUGUUGACCCUGAUAGAAACCCCCGAUUUAACCUGAGAGAUGGAUAUCGAGACCGUUUCAUUAAGAGAGACGAGUCCGUUAAAGAGAGACUCGAUCAUAUGCUGCACUGGAUUCUGCAAAACGGAGACAAACUUCAAACCACAAAAGCCAGCUUAUCUUCAAGUUUACUAGGUGUGGACUUUGUGACAUGGCGAGGUCACUUAACCAAGCUGUUGACCACUCCGUACGAGACGCAGGAGGGCUGGCUGCUGGCCGUGUCCAAGUUCGGUGGCACGCUAUACAUAAGCGAAGUGGAAACGGAGGCUGCUCGAGUUAGCCGAGAGAACCGCACAGAGAGGCAUGAGGAGAUGAUGUACUGGGGCUAUAAGUUUGAACAGUACAUCUGUGCAGAUGAUGUGAAUGGGGUUCCAGCACGAGAAGGGGUGGUCAACACGAACGAGGCUUUCUGCACGGUGGUCCAGACACGGCUGGCAGACCACAAGCUGCUCUUUGCUGGUGAGGUGGACUGUCGGGACAAAGACCCCAGAGCUCCACCGGCCCCGGCGUGCUACAUCGAGCUGAAGACUUCCGCUGAGAUCUGUACCCCGAAGCAGCGAAGUAACUUCCACAGAUACAAGCUGCUGAAAUGGUGGGCCCAAUCGUUUCUUCCCGGAGUUCCACGAGUAGUCGCCGGGUUUCGAGAUCACGACGGAAUAGUGGUGUCUGUGGAGACCAUCCCCAUCUCCAAAAUAUCCCAACUCAUCAAGAACGAGCACAACUGCUGGAAGCCUACGGUCUGCAUGAACUUCUGCAGCGACUUCCUGUCCUUUGUGAAAUCUGUUGUGAAAGAGGAUGACCCAAGGUUGGUGUAUCUGUUUGAGUGGGAGCCACGCAGGGACGUGACGUACUCCGUUCACCGAGACUCUGGGUAUACGUUUCUUCCAGAUUGGUUUAUCCAAGAACUGACAAGUCGCGGUGGUCCUGAAAUGCAACAGAGCUAACUCCAGUGUUGAACUCUCGACAAACAGUCACAGAUGGCUAUUUUUAAGGCAGAAAAGGCAGCAUGAUGUGAAUGUAUUUUUUAUGUAUCCACUGAUCAGCCAAAGCACUGCCCAAAAGUGUACAUGGCAAAGCCUCUUUUGUAACAAUUGUGCAUGUGACGGUGAGGGGUGUAAUAAAUGUUGGGCUGAUGGUAA